CGCACCCCACGCACCGUGUCUUGUAUUUGUUUACAAGUAGGCGCAAACUAGAGCAAAUUGGCCGACAUGGCUCAGGCUAAGCGCUACCGAAGGUCCUCAAAGUCCUCCGAUGACGGAGACCAGGACAACGAGGAGUACGUGCCGUACGUGCCCGUGAAGGAGCGUAAGAAGCAGCACAUGAUGAAGCUGGGUCGAAUCGUCCAAUUGGCCGCGGAGACGUCGCAGCCAAAGUCCUCGAGCGAGAACGAGAACGAGGAUGACUCCCAGGGGGCGCACGAUGCAGAGACCUGGGGUCGCAAGUACAACAUUAGUCUGCUGGACCAGCACACGGAGCUAAAGAAGAUUGCGGAGGCCAAAAAGCUUAGCGCCGUGGAAAAACAGUUGCGCGAGGAAGAGAAGAUCAUGGAGAGCAUCGCCCAGCAGAAGGCGCUUAUGGGAGUGGCCGAGUUGGCCAAGGGCAUUCAGUACCAGGAGCCCAUCAAGACCUCCUGGCGUCCGCCUCGCUAUAUUCGGGUCACGUCGGAGGAUGAGCGCCAAGCCGUGCGACAGCAGUUGAGAAUCCUUGUGGAGGGCGAAAACCCAAGCCCACCUAUCCGCAGUUUUCGGGAAAUGAAGUUUCCCAAAGGAAUUCUAAACGGCCUGGCUGCUAAGGGUAUAAAGACCCCGACUCCGAUCCAGGUCCAAGGUCUGCCUACUGUGCUGGCGGGCCGCGACCUUAUUGGUAUUGCCUUUACCGGCUCUGGAAAGACUCUUGUCUUCGUGUUGCCCGUCAUUAUGUUUUCCCUGGAACAAGAGUACAGCCUGCCCUUCGAAAAGAAUGAGGGCCCCUAUGGGCUAAUCAUCUGCCCGUCCCGCGAGCUGGCCAAGCAAACGCAUGAGAUCAUACAACACUACAGCAAACAUCUUCAGGCGUGUGGCAUGCCUGAAGUACGUUCCUGCCUUGCAAUGGGCGGGCUACCGGUCACUGAGGCUCUGGACGUGAUUUCGCGUGGAGUACACAUUGUUGUAGCGACACCCGGACGUCUCAUGGACAUGCUGGACAAAAAGAUCCUUACGCUGGACAUGUGCCGCUACCUGUGCAUGGACGAGGCUGACCGUAUGAUUGACAUGGGUUUUGAGGAAGACGUUCGCACGAUAUUCUCCUUCUUUAAGGGACAGCGCCAGACGCUGCUGUUCUCGGCCACCAUGCCAAAAAAGAUCCAGAACUUUGCCCGCUCCGCCCUCGUGAAGCCAGUCACUAUCAAUGUUGGUCGCGCAGGUGCCGCGUCUAUGAACGUCACUCAACAAGUUGAGUACGUAAAGCAAGAGGCCAAGGUAGUUUAUUUGCUGGACUGCCUGCAAAAGACUGCACCGCCCGUUCUAAUUUUUGCGGAGAAAAAACAGGACGUGGACUGCAUACAUGAGUACCUGCUACUGAAAGGUGUGGAGGCGGUGGCCAUACACGGCGGAAAGGAUCAAGAGGAACGGUCAAGGGCCGUAGAUGCUUACCGCGUCGGCAAAAAAGAUGUGCUGGUAGCUACCGACGUGGCCUCGAAGGGUCUGGACUUCCCCAACGUGCAGCACGUCAUCAACUACGACAUGCCGGACGAUAUCGAAAACUAUGUACAUCGUAUUGGCCGCACAGGGCGCUCCAACACCAAGGGUUUAGCCACCACGAUGAUUAACAAGAUCACCGAGCAGUCUGUACUGCUCGACUUGAAGCACCUGCUCAUCGAAGGCAAGCAGGAGGUGCCUGACUUUUUGGACGAGCUGGCGCCGGAGGCCGAGCACCAGCAUUUGGACCUGGGCGAUUCCCAUGGCUGCACCUAUUGUGGCGGUCUGGGCCAUCGCAUCACAGAGUGCCCGAAGCUGGAGGCCGUUCAGAACAAGCAGGCUUCAAAUAUAGGACGUCGCGACUAUUUGUCAAAUACUGCUGCGGAUUACUAAACCAUUGCCGGCACCUAAUUGUAAGAAAACUACGACGCGGGAAUAAAUAGAUCAGUAUACACUCGAA